GUGUCGCGGGAAACAGAAGAGAUCGCAGCACUAGUACCGCUCACGAUUAGUUUGGACUGUAAAGGCGGAUAAAACCCCUUCAAAAUGUCGGGAUUCGACACAAACCCUUUCGAAAACCCAGUCGACGUCAAUCCCUUCCAGGAUCCGUCUGUGACUCAGGUGACUAAUUCUGGAAUUGAUCACAUUGAACAUUUCAGUCCGUUUCCUGAUGGCAACUCUGGAACCACCAUCCCAGCAUCAACCACUCCAUCUCAAUCUGCUGUACUGCAGCCGUCAGUUGACCCCAGUCCGCAGGCUACAGCUGCAGCUGCGCACGCAAAUCUGGUCAGACAGCAGGAGGAGCUGGAGAAGAAAGCAGCUGAACUGGAUCGACGAGAACAAGAUCUACAGAACAGAGGAGCUCCUACGGGCAAGCAGAACAACUGGCCUCCUCUACCCAAAAUAUUUCCCAUCAAGCCAUGCUUCUACCAGGACUUCUCCGAGGAGAUCCCACCAGAGCAUCAGAGACUCUGCAAAAUGAUCUAUUACCUAUGGAUGUGGCAGUGUGUGACGCUGUUCUUGAAUGUUCUGGCGUGUCUGGCAGAUUUCACCUCUAAUACAGAUGCAGGGGUGGACUUCGGCCUCUCCAUCCUCUGGUUCAUUCUGUUCACCCCCUGCUCAUUCCUCUGUUGGUACAGGCCCGUCUAUAAAGCCUUCAGGUCUGAUAGUUCCGUCAAUUUCUUUUUCUUUUUCUUUAUUUUCUUCGCUCAAAUCGGCGUGUCUAUCAUUCAGUGUGUGGGCAUCCCUCGAUGGGGCAACAGCGGCUGGAUUGCUGCUAUAAAUGCAAUUGGCUCAGAUAAGGCGGUUGGCGCCAUUAUGAUGGUGGUGGCGGCUUUCUUCACUGUGUGUGCUGUGAUGUCGGUUGUCUUAUUCAAAAUGGUUCAUUCUCACUACCGUCACACCGGUGCCAGCUUCCAGAAGGCACAGCAGGAAUUCUCCCAGGGCGUCCUCACAAACAGCACCUUCCAGAGCGCUGCAGCCAAUGCGGCCACCACCGCUGCCACCGCCGCCACCCAGAGGAACUAGACCCAGAAAGCACCACCAGAAUCCCACAUCUCCUCCGCAGAGCCUCCUCUCCAUCGGCCUGGUGGUCCACACGGAACCCAAACGUUGCCCUUGUUCACCUGCUUUGGUUCUUGGUCUUAAUUUGGCCUUUGGACUAAUGAGGUGCUAGUUUUCAAAUGUUUGUUGUUCUUUUAUUUUUUUGAAACAGAAGGUAUGAAGUUGAAAUGUGUUUGUAUAUUUAAAUGUACACAGUAAUGGUUUCCUGUAUACAUUUUGAGCUUGGUUACGCUGUAUAUAAAGUCAUAGUCCAUGGUGGUACAGGAGCGAUCUAUGUCCUUAAUGACCAUGAGGGAUAUUAAACCCUUUGCAAUUCCCUUGAUAAUGAAGUCUAUGUUUAAAUGCAUGUUUAAGUAACGGUUUAGAUGUUGAUUGCAUUUCUGCUAUAAUAUAAGUACUAAAGGUUCAUUUGUUUAUAUUGGAUUUUUUCAUGCAGCAUAAAUGUUUGAUGAAGUUAUUUAAAAUUUUUAUAGAGCUUUGUCCUUUUACUUAUAUGACAUAAGGGUUUUAAGCUAUUGUAAACAUUUAAAUCAAAAUAGUUUAAGUUGUAUUGCAAGAUUUGCGUUCAUGAUUGUUUUUUUUAGCCAUUUGGGAAACUCUUAGCACUUCAAAGCAAUCCUGUAAAAUGGUUUGCAGUUCUUAUAUUGUCUUCAUAUUCUCAGUCCUGAAAUGUAUGUUGACAAAUCGUUGCACCUUACACAAGGGACAAGCCAAUGACGGUUAAAAAGGGUUACAGAAUGUUGUCAAAAAUAACUGUAAAAUUGAUAUAAGCAGUAUGAGUACUUAACUGAACAAGUUGAGCAAUUAAAUUUUUUGAUUAACAAUUUUGUGGUAUAUAUAUAUAAAUAAAAAGUGCUCUUACACGUUUGGAUGACACAUGGUCUACGGUGCGUUCACGUCAUACCGGAAUUACUGUAAUAGUUCGCAAGUCUGGUUCCGGAAGUAAAAAUCCCAUUCAUUUAUUCCAUAGACAAAUUGAUUUUCAACGAUAACUUAUAAACCUUUAAAGACAGACCUACCGUGAGCUCCGAGGUUGUUCAUUGAUGGUAUAUGCUUCCGUUAAAGCCAUCCGUCUGCGUUAUCUCAACUUCAUUUUAUUUAUAAUCGUGUUUGAUCGCGGAAUUCACUGUAAACAACUACAUUACCCAUGAUACAUCAGAGAAAGCUCCACCAAUCAGAGAACCGCGUCCAAUAAAACCCGCGAAACGUGCGCUCUAUUACAAGCUCUAGGAAGACGUGAACACUUUUUAACAAAUGAUCGUAUUUACGGUAAUUCCGACAUGAUGUGAGAGCACCAUAAGUACAUUCCAAACAGAAAUCACACACAUAUAUCCAUCCUGAGGUCACACAGUGUUGUGGAGUAGUUCACUAAAAACGGCGACACUAUAUUUUUUAUAAUGUAAUUUUAUAACACGGCAAAUGUAUUACAUUGUAUUUUGAACGCAGCAAUGGAGUCGAGGGAGGAAUCACAUAGUGAUUCACUAUGAGCGCCACUAGUGCACAGGAACUAGAAGCUACUAACUAACUAGUACAGGAGCCAGUGUAGCCAAAAAUCGUAAUUGUAUAAUAAUAAAAGCUUCAAAAAAGGACAAAGAAAGAAGACUCCAGUGGUUUAAUCAGUGUCUUCCGAAGCAAUCUAAUCGGUUUUGGGUGAGAACAGACCAAAAUAUAACUUUUUUUCUCCCUGUAGAUCUUGCCAUUGCUGUCUAUAAGCAUUAUCAUGAUUUCAAGCUACUAGUGCUUGACGCAUGCGCAGAGAGAUAAUGCCGCUAGGAAGUGUAGUUGAGCUUGAAAUCAUGAUGGCCAAGCAGACUGUUAAUAUCAAGAUUUAUAUUGAAGAAAAAGUCUUAUAGAUUACCUUUAUGUGCUUUUUGGAGCAUGAAUAUUUAGUCACCAUUCACUUGCAUCAGAUGGACAAUAUCUUUGUUUGUGU